AUGAUCAGGCAACUAGAAAGUCAAAAGAAAGUGUACAAUAAUCCUAGCAGUCCAAGCUCUAGGUACAACGACGACACUUCACAACUUCUUGGACUACUAGGAGACUCACCAGGUCCUCACGAAUUCCGUUACCUAGCAAACGGUCAAGGAGCGCCUGCUGAUUCACAAGGAAAUUAUAUUUACAACUGGCGCGGGAUUAAUCCAGAAUGUCAUCGGCCGAGACAUGAGCCAGGUGAUAUGCAGGAUGAUUUUAAGUCCACAAGGCCGCGGUCGCCAACACCAAAAGCACCUGGCAUCGCAGUUGUACAGCCAGAUCUGAGGCUGGAAAACCAAAGGCCUAAUUUGAAACGCGCGUUGUCGGGUGACUCGCACUCCGGCUGCGAUUCCGGUGGGGAUUUUACCAAGAAGCGGCGUGUGGCCUUAUCGAGUAGCACGACCAAUACGACUGAAGGUGUUGAUCCAGUGGUAGAAAAUCUGAGAUUGGGAAAAGAAAUCGUCAGCGUGUGUCGGGAACAAAUUGCCAUUUUGGCACACGUUCUCGACGUUGUGUUGCAGUAA